UCGCACAUACUCUACUCUAAUAAUAAACAGCUUUCACUGAAAAUUUGCGUUCUAUUAAAAACGAAAAGCAAAUAAAGUAAAAGAAAGAAAAAGCAAAAGAGAAAACGAUGCACACCGUCUUCUGACUUAGACCAACAACUUAUUCAUAAAUUCACUGUAAUUCAACCCUCCAAAGAAUCAAAGAUUCAGUGGAAUUUUCACUCUCUUACUCUUUUUCUUCCUCCCUCACCUUACUUACGAUUUUAGCACGCUAGAUAUACCAUUGCUGGGAUCAAAACCUUCCAGCAAUGUCAUGCUCAACUCGAGAUAAGGGGUUCAAGAAUUUAGAAUGACUUCAAACUGAAGUUGCAGAAAAUAUGUAUAAAAGUGGCUUCCUUGAGUACCGAUCCCUAUGGAGAUGGUGAUGCACUCUCUGGUAAUGCAUAGGUACCUCUGGUACUGCAUUCUAUUGGGAUAUCUUCGUAUAUCUUGCCUUUCUUUUAGUUCAGGACAGCAGUUGAACAGGAGUACUGGCUUAGAAGACUGGUUGGGUUAUUCUGGGUCAAGGUCACUUGAAAGAGAUAAUUCUCAACUCCUUGAUUCUGCAUUUGAUGAAACAUCAACUUCGCCAUUCCCAUUGAAUAAGUCAGUUUCUUGUGAGGACUUGGAAGGUGUAGGAUCUUUUAAUACCACAUGCUUGCUAAGCUCAACUCAUUAUUUGAAUUCUGAUAUUUACAUAUAUGGUGUUGGAAACCUGGAGAUACUCUCUCAUGUUUCACUUAUAUGUCCCGGGGAAGGGUGCAUGAUAACAGUCAAUGUAUCUGGCAACGUUAAACUUGGUCAAAAUGCAUCUAUUGUUGCUGGUUCUGUGGUUUUAUCAGCAGCCAAUCUGACAAUGGAGUGCAGUUCUUCAAUAGACUCAUCUUCAUUGGGCGGGCCACCACCUUCCCAAACUAGUGGCACACCAGUUGGCAAUGAUGGAGCUGGUGGAGGACAUGGUGGGCGUGGUGCAUCUUGUUUACAAAAUAAUAAGACAAAUUGGGGUGGUGAUGUUUAUGCUUGGUCCACAUUGUCUAAACCAUGGAGUUAUGGGAGCAAGGGUAGUGGAAAAUCUACUCAAAAACAAUAUGGUGGGAAUGGUGGGGGGCGUGUUAAGCUUCUAGUGAAGGACACUUUAUAUGUAAAUGGGUCUGUUACUGCAAAAGGUGGAGAUGGAGGGUCUGAUGGGGGAGGUGGCUCUGGCGGAAGUAUACGGAUACAUGCCAUAAAGCUGAAGGGAUAUGGUACUAUCAGUGCUGCUGGUGGGAUGGGAUGGGGUGGAGGCGGUGGAGGAAGAAUAUCACUUGAUUGUUACAGCAUACAGGAAGAUUUAAAAAUUACUGUUCAUGGAGGCAUGAGUAUUGGCUGUCCUGGGAAUUCUGGAGCUGCUGGCACAUAUUUCAAUGCAAAUUUACUAAGUUUGAAAGUCAGCAAUGACAAUGUCACAACAGAAACAGAAACUCCUUUGCUUGACUUCUCAACCAGCCCUUUAUGGUCAAAUGUUUAUGUAGAAAAUAAUGCGAAAGUUUUGGUUCCACUUGUUUGGUCCAGAGUUCAGGUAAGAGGCCAAAUUAGUGUAUAUAGUGGAGGAAGCUUAAUAUUCGGUUUGUCUGAUUACCCAAUUUCUGAAUUUGAGCUUGUUGCAGAAGAGCUUUUAUUGAGUGAUUCUAUCAUAAAGGUUUUUGGUGCAUUUAGAGUUGCUGUUAAAAUGUUACUCAUGUGGAAUUCCACAAUCCAAAUUGAUGGUGGUGAAAGAACUGUUGUGACUGCUUCAGUCCUUGAAGUCAGAAAUCUCGCUGUACUGAGGCAAAAUUCUGUCAUUAGUUCAAAUACAAACUUAGGUUUAUAUGGUCAAGGACUGCUGCACUUGACUGGUGAUGGCGAUGCAAUCAAAGGCCAGCGAGUAUCCUUGUCUCUCUUCUAUAAUGUAACUGUUGGUCCAGGUUCUUUACUUCAAGCUCCUUUGGAUGAUGAUGCUAGUAGAGGCACGGUGACAAAACAUCUUUGUGAUACACAGAGAUGCCCGAUAGAUUUGAUAACUCCACCUGACGAUUGUCAUGUCAAUUAUACACUUUCCUUCUCACUUCAAAUUUGUCGUGUCGAGGAUCUUCUUGUAAAUGGCAUUAUGAAGGGAAGCAUAAUUCACAUUCAUCGGGCAAGAACUGUGAUUGUUGGUACUGAUGGUAUGAUUACUGCAUCGAAAUUAGGUUGCACUGAAGGUAUUGGUAAGGGAAACUUUUUGAAUGGAGCUGGUGGUGGUGCUGGACAUGGUGGAAAAGGAGGGUCUGGAUAUUUCAAUGGGAAAGUGAGUAUUGGUGGUAAUGAAUAUGGAAAUGCUGUUCUUCCAUGUGAAUUGGGUAGUGGAACUGAGGGCCCUAAUGAAUCAUAUGGGCAUGUUGUUGGAGGCGGGAUGAUAGUAAUGGGAUCCAUUCAAUGGCCACUUUUGAAGCUUGACCUUUACGGAUCUUUGAGGGCUGAUGGUGAAAGCUUUAGCAAAGCAAUAACAAGCAGUGAUGGUUCUUUGGUUGGUGGUCUUGGUGGAGGUUCUGGUGGAACAGUUCUUCUUUUCCUUCAAGGACUCGGGCUUUUGGAGAAUUCAUCCUUAUCUGUUGUUGGGGGCAAUGGUGGCUCCCUUGGUGGCGGAGGUGGAGGUGGAGGUCGAAUUCAUUUCCAUUGGUCAAAGAUUGGUAUGGAGGAAGAAUAUGUUCCUGUUGCAAGUAUUAGUGGCACCAUGAACAAUAGUGGAGGUUCUGGGGAUGAUGGUGGCCAUCACGGACAGGAGGGUACCAUAACUGGGAAAGCAUGCCCUAAAGGCCUUUAUGGAAUUUUCUGCGAGGAAUGCCCUGUUGGUACUUACAAAGAUGUUGAUGGUUCUGAUGCACAUCUUUGCACUUCUUGUCCUCUUGAUCUUCUUCCCAAUCGUGCGAAUUUCAUAUAUGAACGAGGGGGAGUUACGAAGCGAUCUUGUCCAUAUAAAUGUAUAUCAGACAAGUAUAGAAUGCCCAAUUGCUAUACACCUCUAGAGGAGUUUAUUUAUACAUUUGGGGGUCCCUGGCCAUUUUCAGUAAUGUUGUCAUUCAUUUUGUUGCUUCUGGCUCUGCUACUAAGUACUUUGAGAAUCAAGUUGAUUGGUUCUGGUUCAUAUCAUAGUUCGAGUUCAAUUGAACACCGUAAUCAUCACCGUUUUCCUUAUCUUCUUUCUCUUUCUGAGGUGCGCGGAGCCCGAGCUGAAGAGACUCAAAGUCAUGUACACAGAAUGUACUUUAUGGGUCCUAAUACUUUUAGAGAACCGUGGCAUCUUCCUUACUCGCCUCCCCAUGCUAUAAUUGAAAUUGUGUAUGAAGAUGCUUUUAAUAGAUUUAUUGAUGAGAUCAACUCAGUUGCUGCAUAUGAUUGGUGGGAAGGAUCAGUGCACAGUAUACUUUCUGUUGUUGCAUAUCCUUGUGCUUGGUCCUGGAAGCUUUGGCGCCGGAGAGUCAAAAUUAGUCGCCUUCAGGAAUUUGUCAAGUCGGAAUAUGACCAUUCUUGUCUACGCUCUUGUCGAUCACGAGCUUUGUACAAAGGGAUGAAGGUUGGGGCAACACCAGAUUUAAUGGUAGCAUACAUUGAUUUUUUCCUUGGUGGGGAUGAGAAGCGAUUAGAUAUUGUAUCAAUUAUACAGAAGAGAUUUCCCAUGUGCAUAAUUUUUGGCGGGGAUGGGAGCUACAUGGCGCCUUAUAAUCUUCACAAUGAUUCACUAUUGACCAACCUCCUUGGCCAGCAUGUCCCUGCAACUGUUUGGAAUCGAUUGGUAGUUGGACUGAAUGCUCAGUUGCGGACAGUGAGGCAUGGAUCAAUUCGUACCGCACUAGGUCCUGUUGUUGAUUGGAUAAAUAGUCAUGCAAACCCCCAACUUGAGUUCCAUGGAGUUAAAAUUGAGCUUGGAUGGUUCCAAGCAACAGCUUCUGGUUACUAUCAGCUGGGUAUCGUGGUAGCAGUUGGGGAGUAUUCCCUUCAUGAUUCGCACCAGUCUGAUACUUGGGUUGGUACUGAUGAAGCUAUGAGGAAAAAUGUGGCACAUGGAAAAAAGAAUUGUAAGCAGCUGCAGCAUAGUUGGCCAUAUAUGAGCAAUUCAUUAUCUCUUAAAAAGAUAACUGGAGGAAUUAAUGGUGGCCUAAUAAAUGAUGCCACCUUAAGAUCAUUGGACUUUAAAAGGGACUUUCUAUUUCCACUUUCUCUACUGUUGUGCAACACUAGACCUGUUGGUCGUCAGGACACUGUGCAGUUGCUGAUUACUUUGAUGCUUUUAGCAGAUAUAUCUGUCACUCUCCUCAUGUUGCUUCAGUUCUACUGGAUUUCUCUUGCUGCUUUUCUUUCUGUUUUACUGAUCCUUCCUCUUUCUCUACUUUCUCCAUUUCCUGCUGGAUUGAAUGCUUUAUUCAGUAAAGAACCUCGAAGAGCUUCACUUUUUCGAGUAUAUGCACUGUGGAGUUCUACUUCUUUAUCUAAUAUUGGAGUAGCUUUUAUUUGUUGCCUCCUUCAUUAUGCAUUAUCCCACUUUCACCACCCUGACGAGGCAAGUACACGAAAUGCUAAGAGGUAGCAUUUGGGUCGUUGAUAAAACGGAAUGGAAAAGAAUUGACGAGAAUGGAAUGCGACAAUAAUGUCCUGCUUGCUGUAUUGGCAGCUACAGAACCAAAAGAGAUUCGUGUCCUGUUUUGCGUUUGCCUUUUAUCAAAGAGAACAGAACACUAUUUUCAAUUACGUAUAUAUUCCUGUCCUGUUUAAUAUUUGGUUGGGUGUGAUGGUGCAACCCGUGGAGAUGGUCAUGAGAAGCUUGUAUAUGUGAUAUGCAUGAGAUGGGUACCUGGAGAUUAAGGAUCCAUCUAAGGACGUGAUUAUUAGCGGUGGUGAGAACCUGAGCAAUGUGGAGGUGAGUAAAAGCACCCGGUGGUGAACGACCAGAGCCAACGAGUUUUGGGGGGAGAUGCUGUGUGCCUUCAUGAGCUUGAAGGUCGGGUUGAAGGACAAUCAAACAGAGAAGGAUAUAUUUGAGUAUUGCAGGGAGAACAUGCUGCAUUAUAUGGUUCGAAAGACUCUGGUAUUCAAGGAUGAGCUUACCAAGACAGCUACGGGAAGAUAAUAAAUAUGCUGCAUUAUAGUUUCGUGUGCAUUAUAUGCUGCAUUAUAGUUGCUUGCUUUUAUUACUUGGUGCUCUCUCUCUCUGUCUCUCUUUCGGUUAACAACUUGUGUUCUUUAUUUUUAUGUUUUGAUACAUUCUUUUGCAGGGAAGAUGAUAAAUGCUGGCUUUUGCCCAUCAUUCUUUUUUUAUUCAAGUCGGUACAAGCCCGUUUUGUCAAUUGGCACAUAGCGAAUCUAGAAAUCCAAGAUUUUUCACUAUUUUGUCCUGAUCCAGAUGCUUUUUGGGCUC